UUAUUUUUAAUAAUAUAGAUUUUUCAUAAUUUUUUAAAUAAAAAAUAAUUAUUUUUAAUAAUAUAAAUAAAUUUUAAUUAUUAAAAAUGAUGCAGGUUCAAUCAAUUUUCUCUGAGAAUGCUAGUAUUGGAGCUGCAGCUUCGAGCCAUUGAUGAUGCUGCUGAGGAGAUGUUGCAAGCUUUAAAACUUGUGACUGUUGCUCAGACUAAACUUAUAUUUCCCAUGAAGAAAGAAAGCUCUAAGCCUAAAAAACCAAAUUCAAUGAAAUUUGGACGCCUGAGGUUUUGUAUACGGAAGCUGACUGCUGAUAUUGAGGAAGAACCAAUGCAGGGUUGGCUUGAUGAACAUUAUCAACUGAUGAAGAAUGAGGCCUGUGAGUUAGCUGUCAGAUUGAAACUUCUUGAUGACUUUGUUUCAGCCAACCAAUGUCCUAAAAUGGAUGAAGCAACUGAUUCUACUUCUGAGAGAAAGGUGAAGCCACUAAAGGAGAUAACCUUCAACUCGCACAAUAUAACUGCAAUAAUGACAUCUCGUCAGUUUCAAGUUAUGCUGGUUGUAUUGACCAAUCUCCUCUUUGCUCGGCUACCCAACUGUGGUGUCAAAGCUGCACAAGAGGCAGCAAAUGAAAGAAAGCUGCACAAGUGGCAGCAAAAGGAAAAGAAGGGGGAGCUGCACCAAAGCAUGGUAGCAGCAAAGUGCAGCAAGAUAAACGGCAAAUAGGAGGCAGAUGAGGUGGUUCCUGAUGGUGUUGAAGAGGUUGAACUUGCAAAAAUAGCCCUUGAACAUAAAGAACAAGAGUGUAAGUUGCUUCUUGGUGACAUUAAGAAAUUGUCUGUACAUUGUGAUUCUCCUUUAGAUCCGGAAAAGGAGGCUGACUUGUGGAUGAUAAGUGGUGGAAGAUCUUUAUUGGUUAAAAAAUUCAAAGACAAAGCAAAUACUCAAAAGGGGCCUACUGCAACUGCUGUUCUUGAUAGUGAUCUUAAUUUGAUUGACAAUGAUCGGGGUCUCUUCAACACUCAACAGCGCAAGGCCAAGGUAUUUGUGCUGCAAACUAUGAGGGGUGAAGGUAAUGAUUUCGGUGGGGAAUGGAGUGAUGGUGAUGCAGACUUCUCUCCCUUUGCUAGGCAGCUAACCAUAACCAAAGCCAAGAAGCUUAUUCGGCGGCACACAAAGAAGUUCCACUCAAGAACAGGUUCAUCUUCUCAACAGGGUAACUCACUUCCUUCUUCUCCAAUGGCAAUGGAAAUGGAGAGCACUCCAUUUGAAAGUGACUCGUCUAGUGGAUCCUCACCUUAUGAGGAUUUUCAGGAAUAAAACUUUCCACUCAUUAGAAUAACACCAAUACAAAUAA